UCCAGUUAAAAAAAAAAAAAAAAAAGAAAAAGAAAAAUACAGGGGGGAGGAUUGUUGACUUCCAAAAUGCGACGAUUGACUUGUUACCAGCGUUUAUGGACAUGUUGUAGUUGUCUACAGUGAGAGACUAGGAUGGAAGAUCACAUUUCAAGUGGAAACUAUCCUUCUCUUCCCCUCUCCUGUCUGCGCCUCCUGGUUCCGCCGUUUCAACUAGUCUCCGCAGCCGUUUGGCAGACCAUCCAACAGAAAGUUGUGUCCGACUAUGGGAUGCUGGAGGAGUUUGUUUCCAUGGUUACGGAUGUUGUCCCAGAGCUCCUCACCAGCAGACAGAGAGCCCAGCUCAUCUUAGGCCUGAGAGCGCGGCUGAUCUUGGAGUUAUGUCACUUUGAGGAAACUGCUCACUUUGAGAUUAUUCAGACACAUUUGGACAGGAUGCACAGCCUCACUGCAUCAUGGCUGUUGGAGGCUGGUGCUACAAAUACAGAGCCGCCCCUCUCAGACUUUGCAGAUCAAGUUCACAAUUUGUUGAAAAAGCCCCAAGAGAGAGAACACUUCUUCCUGAAUGUGUUUCCUAAAGAAUUUGGGCCAAAAUAUGACGAGGCUCUACAUAACUUGAUGUGGCUCUUUCUGUCAAGACUUGAAAAGUUUCUCUCUCAUCAGACCUUCCAACAGAUUGCCUCCAUGUUUGCUGAUGUGUCCUCUGCGCUGGAGGAGUGUAUGGAGUCUGUGUCGAACUGCGAGGAGGUUAAGACUCUGCUGCAGCAUCAGAAAGACCUCAGCCAGCUGGAUCACAAUGAUGGUUCCGUGGAUGGCACCUGUAUUAUCUCAGCUCUUAAACUCUCCUCUGUUGAAACAGUGUUGACGGAAAAGGCGCAAUCAGAAUCCUACGUUGUGCAUCACACGCCUUCAUUUAAAUCAGGAAUGGAGAAGGAAUCUGCAGCGUUACUACAUGUAAGACAGCUAGAGAAGGACACAGCUGAGGGUGUUAAAAAAAGUGAGAGAAAAGUUAAAGAUGGAACCUCUGUGCUUUUGGGAGAAGUAACAAGAAAUAAAAACACAAGGACUUUACCUACUCAAGUCAAGGACAGGUCUCUACCUCAGAAAGAAUGCAGAGUGCUGGUGAAAAGGCUUGACAUGCCAGUGUCUUUGCAGUCUCGACCUGUGAGACGAAAUCGAGGGCUGAAGAUGAAAAUGAUUCUGUUGCAAGAGAAACGACGACUUUAUGGAGGGGAACGCCCUGCGCACAAAACCAUGUCUACCUUAAAAACAGCUACCUCAGAGAGAUAUACUCAAACUAAAACAUCUCAAUCCAGCGCCAAGGCAUCCAGUGGGGCUCCUGUUGAGGGUUUUGAUGUGGAGGAUUCAAUCACCACAUACAAGGACCUUACCAAUUUGGCUCCUGUUAGCAAUUCCAGUGAGGACGAUUCAUUGUCCAACUGCUCAGAUGAGGACCCUUCCAACAUGGCAUCUGUCCAUGAUGAGGAUUUCACAGUCCUAGACAAAGCACAGGGCACCUCAGACAUCAAACCUGCCGCUGCAAGAAAGACUCAUUCUGCAACACGGAGAGGCCGAUGCUGCAUUUGCAAGGAGCAAGUGCAGGCGAACAUGAAUGCGCACAUGAAAACCCAUUUUCCAAACGGAGAUUAUGCCUGCCCCCGCUGUGACACCAAGUUCACAAUCUUGUCCUCGCUGAGGUUGCAUUUAAGGAGAACCUGCUACGAUCAGCAGCAGGUCGAUCCGGAAGAGGCAGAGGAGGCGCAAACUCUUUUCAAGUGCAACGAAUGUGAAAAGGCGUUCAGGUACAAACUGUCCCUGGACGAGCACAAAAGGACGCACAACCAGCUGUACUGCGAGGUGUGCAGGAAGGUGCUGCGAGAUCCAGAGACGUUAGCAAGGCACAAGGCCUCUCACACGCCGUUUCAGUGCACCCUGUGUGAGGAGAACUUCCGUCUUUAUAAGCCCUUGGCGAGGCAUUACGAAAACGUGCACAAACUCAGCAGACCCUUCAAAUGCAACCACUGUCCGAAAAGUUUCUCCAAGCUGCGUUACUUCAUCGGGCACGAGUGGAAGCACACGGGUCGACUUCCGUUCCAGUGCGCUCAGUGCCACAUGAGAUUCAAACACGACGCCGAUCUCGUGUCCCAUCUGAGAGUUCACACGAGAGAGAAACCCUUCCUCUGCGCAGAUUGCGGCAAGGCCUUCUCCUGCAGGUCCAACUUGCGACGGCACUUAAAUUUUCUCCACAGCCAGUCUCGGGACGAGAGGCGGUACUCGUGUUCCCUCUGCGAGAAAUCCUUCAAAGAGAAAGGAGCCCUGAAAAAACACGAGAAGAGCAAACACCUACAGGAGCUGUUCCGUUACCCAUGUUUGUACUGCGGGAAGCUGUUCUCCUCAUCGGCGAUGGGUAGACAUAAGCUGAUCCACACGGGAGAGAAGCCUUACAAGUGCCAAAUGCCUGAAUGUGACAAGCACUUCAGAUCGACUGCUGAAAUGAAGAGGCAUGUCAUGCAGUACCACACUGAAGAGCGGCCAUUUAAGUGCAAUGUCUGUGGGAGGGGCUUUAUAAUGUCCUGUUUACUGAAGACACAUGCACGAACACACUCAGGCGAGAAGCCGUACAUUUGCUCCCUCUGCGGCAAAGCUUUUCCAACCCUUUACAGCAUGAAAAGACACAAAAAGCUCAUGCAUACAUUUGACAUCGAGUAGUCCUACUUCACUGAACCCUUGGCUAAUCUGGAUUGUGUUGUACAUGUCGAUCCCUCAGGAGAACGGGUUGCGAAUCUUGUUUGUUACAUAUUUAAUUCUUUGAUGAUACCAUGAGGUGGAACUUCAAAAAUAGUGCUUGUUAAAUGCCGGUUGUCAUUUUCAAACAUAACCCACAUAGAGAGUUGGUUUCAGAUGCAAGAUUGCUCUAUGCGGAAAUACUUUGUUUUCCUUGUCAUAUUCAUUGACAUAUUAAAAAAUAGAUAGGGUAUGAGAAAAAUCUCUUCAAUGACAGGUGCCUGUUGUGGUAUGUUUACUUUCCUUUUUUGUCAUUGAUAAUUCUUGACAUUCGAGGAGAUUCCAUUGUAGGAAAAUGCAAUCUUCUAAGUCUACAUUUCAUAAUAAGGUACUAAUUUCUUCUUCUUCUAUUGCUUUAGACCUAUGAACAGUGCAGUAGAAUGACUUGUGUAAUUCAGUGCUCUCUAAACGGCAGCUGGAAGAAAGUAAUGCCUUAUUAGUGACUGACUGAAGGAACAUAGUUUGAAUUUAAAAAUGUUGUGUGUUGAUUCCAUGUUUUGUAAUGCGGUGUUUGGAACCGUGAGAGACUGUUUUCUGCUUCUCAUCUCCCAUUUGAUGUGGAUGUUAAUGGUAGACUGUACACCUCAUUGAAAAGUUAUUAAUUAUUUACGUAGUUGUGUAUUUUAACAUGUUAGCAUACAAGAGUCCCCGGAGAAUUCAAUCUGGAAAUUUGGAGAAACUGUGAAAGUUAGUCCUCUUCCAUGUCUGCUCAUUUUUGAGUUGUCUGUUAUAUUAACUAUUUACAUCAACUUAUGAUACAUACCUAAGCUUGUCUGUGGUGCCCACAUAAUGCCCCAACCUUCAUAGUUUCACCUGCUUGUGUUAACUAGAUCAAUGGGCAACACUCCACACUGUAUUUUAGUUCAUGGACAGAAUAUUAUCGUGUUUAAAUUUUGUGAAAUGUCCUUUUACAUCACUGUGUAAUAAUAAUAAUAAUAAUAAUAAUAAUAUACAAAUGUCUACUACACUUGUUACAGGUUAACUUGUGUACUUUUAUCUAUAAGGAGGGUAAUAUUAAAUUUCCAGAUGAACAAAGGG